AACCAUGAGUGAGCUCAAGAAAAGAAAGAAAAAAUCCAAAGAGGAAAUCGCCAAGGAAUUUGAUUUGCCCGAAAGGAAAAGUAAAAUUGCCACUAUUUACAAGCAGGAUGGACAGGCUUAUUGCUUGUGUAGAUCGUCCGAUUCUUCGCGGUUCAUGAUAUGCUGCGAUGCGUGCGAAGAAUGGUAUCAUGGAGAUUGCAUCAAUGUUUCGGAAAAGGAAGCCAAACACAUCAAACAUUACUACUGUCAGCGCUGCAAGGAAGAAGAUCCUUCUUUGCAAACAGUAUUCCGGCUAGUCCCGGUAGCCGGGCCAACCCCGAUUCCGGAGGAAAAGAAACCCCCAAAGAAGAGGAAAGAAAAACCGAUCGGCAGUUCGUCGGAGAAGCGCUGCGGUAACUGUGACGGCUGCCUAGCCGAGAACUGCGGUAACUGUGAUGGAUGCUUGGACCUCACAGUGCAUGGUCGCAAGCAGCGGUGCGAGAUGCGUAUCUGUAGUAAUUCGAGCAGCACUCGAAAAAAGGAUCGAGCCGCCGUGAAAGCGGCAGGUCGAAACAAAAGAAGAAAACGAUCGCUUACGCCAGAAGUGAUCCGAAAUCCGGCACUGGAAGGCGAUCGACAAUGUUUCGGUCCCGGGUGCAUUAUGACGGCAAGACCACAGUCAAAGUACUGUUCAGAUGAGUGCGGCAUGAAGCUGGCCACGAGUCGGAUCUAUCAAGUGCUACCUCAACGCAUCCAAGAAUGGUCGCUAAGCCCGGCCGUUGGUGAGGAGCAAAACAAAAAAGCCCUUGAAUCGAUACGCAUGAAGCAAGCAAUUGUGCGUGCUACGCUGGCCGAACUGGACAAGCGCCAUGCGGAGCUGGAUCUGUUGGUUGAGCGAGCCAAGCGAUGUACGCUGGAUCCGAAUGCCUUGGAAAACACCGACAUGGAGGAUGAAAUGUCCAUGUACUGCAUCACUUGCGGUCAUGAAAUUCAUUCUAAAACUGCCAUUCGACACAUGGAGAAGUGUUUCAACAAGUACGAAAGUCAGGCAAGCUUCGGUAGCAUCUUCAAGACGCGAAUAGAUGGCAAUUCUAUGUUUUGCGAUUUCUACAAUCCAGCCAGCAAGACCUACUGCAAGAGGCUCCGUGUGCUGUGUCCCGAACACUGCAAGGAUCCUAAAAUUAGCGAUACUGACGUUUGCGGUUGUCCCUUGGUGCGAAAUGUGUUUCAAUUGACGGGAGAAUUCUGCAGGGCGCCCAAAAAAUCUUGCUUCAAACAUUAUGUAUGGGAAAAAAUACGACGUGCCGAAAUAGAUCUCGAACGUGUCCGACAGUGGUUGAAGAUGGACGAACUGGUCGAACAGGAGCGACAAAUUCGCCAGGCAAUGGCAUCUCGAGCCGGAGUGCUAGGACUCAUGCUGCACUCGACGUACAAUCACGACAUCAUGGAAAAGUUGUGCACUGGUAAAUUUUAAGCUUCUACAAAUGGCCAGUUGAAGAAAGUAGGGA